GAUGAAAAGAAAGCAAUCCUGUCGGUUACUGCUUAGUGCUAAGCACAUCCAGCGGGUAAAGUUCCUUAAAAUGCUCUGCAAAGAAAUUGGCACUUUUCAUUAAAUCAGAAAUUUUACUUUUUUCCCCUCCUGGGAGCUAAAGAUAUUUUAAAGAAGAAUUAACCUUUUGCUUCUUCAGUUGAACAUUUGUGGCAAUAAGUCAUGCAAAUAGAGCUCUCCACCUGCUUCUUUCUGUGCCUUUUGCGAUUCUGCUUUAGUGCCACCAGAAGAUACUACUUGGGUGCAGUGGAACUGUCAUGGGACUAUAUGCAAAGUGAUCUCGGUGAGCUACCUGUGGACACAAGAUUUCCUCCUAGAGUGCCAAGAUCUUUUCCAUUCAACACCUCAGUCAUGUACAAAAAGACUGUGUUUGUAGAAUUCACGGAUCACCUUUUCAACAUCGCUAAGCCAAGGCCACCCUGGAUGGGUCUGCUGGGUCCUACCAUCCAGGCUGAGGUUUAUGACACAGUGGUCAUUACGCUUAAGAACAUGGCUUCCCAUCCUGUCAGUCUUCAUGCUGUUGGUGUAUCCUACUGGAAAGCUUCUGAGGGAGCUGAAUAUGAUGAUCAGACCAGUCAAAGGGAGAAAGAAGAUGAUAAAGUCUUUCCUGGUGGAAGCCAUACAUAUGUCUGGCAGGUCUUGAAAGAGAAUGGUCCAAUGGCCUCUGACCCACUGUGCCUUACCUACUCAUAUCUUUCUCAUGUGGACCUGGUAAAAGACUUGAAUUCGGGCCUCAUUGGAGCCCUACUAGUAUGUAGAGAAGGGAGUCUGGCCAAGGAAAAGACACAGACCUUGCACAAAUUUGUACUACUUUUUGCUGUAUUUGAUGAAGGGAAAAGUUGGCACUCGGAAACAAAGAACUCCUUGAUGCAGGAUAGGGAUGAUGCAUCUGCUCGGGCCUGGCCUAAAAUGCACACAGUCAAUGGUUAUGUAAACAGGUCUCUACCAGGUCUGAUUGGAUGCCACAGGAAAUCAGUCUAUUGGCAUGUGAUUGGAAUGGGCACCACUCCUGAAGUGCACUCAAUAUUCCUCGAAGGUCACACAUUUCUUGUGAGGAACCAUCGCCAGGCCUCCUUGGAAAUCUCGCCAAUAACUUUCCUUACUGCUCAAACACUCUUGAUGGACCUUGGACAGUUUCUACUGUUUUGUCAUAUCUCUUCCCACCAACAUGAUGGCAUGGAAGCUUAUGUCAAAGUAGACAGUUGCCCAGAGGAACCCCAACUACGAAUGAAAAAUAAUGAAGAAGCGGAAGACUAUGAUGAUGAUCUUGCUGAUUCUGAAAUGGAUGUGGUCAGGUUUGAUGAUGACAACUCUCCUUCCUUUGUCCAAAUUCGCUCAGUUGCCAAGAAGCAUCCUAAAACUUGGGUACAUUACAUUGCUGCUGAAGAGGAGGUCUGGGACUAUGCUCCCUCAGUCCUCGCCCCUGAUGACAGAAGUUAUAAAAGUCAGUAUUUGAACAAUGGCUCUCAGCGGAUUGGUAGGAAGUACAAAAAAGUCCGAUUUAUGGCAUACACAGAUGAAACCUUUAAGACUCGUGAAGCUAUUCAGUAUGAAUCAGGAAUCUUGGGACCUUUACUUUAUGGGGAAGUUGGAGACACACUGUUGAUUAUAUUUAAGAAUCAAGCAAGCAGACCAUAUAACAUCUACCCUCACGGAAUCACUGAUGUCCGUCCUUUGUAUUCAAGGAGAUUACCAAAAGGUGUAAAACAUUUGAAGGAUUUUCCAAUUCUACCAGGAGAAAUAUUCAAAUAUAAAUGGACAGUGACUGUAGAAGAUGGGCCAACUAAAUCAGAUCCUCGGUGCCUGACCCGCUAUUACUCUAGUUUCAUUAAUAUGGAGAGAGAUCUAGCUUCAGGACUCAUUGGCCCUCUCCUCAUCUGCUACAAAGAGUCUGUAGAUCAAAGAGGAAACCAGAUAAUGUCAGACAAGAGGAAUGUCAUCCUGUUUUCUGUAUUUGAUGAGAACCGAAGCUGGUACCUCACAGAGAAUAUACAACGCUUUCUCCCCAAUCCAGUUGGAGUGCAGCUUGAGGAUCCAGAGUUCCAAGCCUCCAACAUCAUGCACAGCAUCAAUGGCUAUGUUUUUGAUAGUCUGCAGUUGUCAGUUUGUUUGCAUGAGGUGGCAUACUGGUACAUUCUAAGCAUUGGAGCACAGACUGACUUCCUUUCUGUCUUCUUCUCUGGAUAUACCUUCAAACACAAAAUGGUCUAUGAAGACACACUUACCCUAUUCCCAUUCUCAGGAGAAACUGUCUUCAUGUCGAUGGAAAACCCAGGCCUAUGGAUUCUGGGGUGCCACAACUCAGACUUUCGGAACAGAGGCAUGACCGCCUUACUGAAGGUUUCUAGUUGUGACAAGAACACUGGUGAUUAUUACGAGGACAGUUAUGAAGAUAUUUCAACAUACUUGCUGAGUAAAAACAAUGCCAUUGAGCCAAGAAGUUUCUCCCAGAAUUCGAGACACCCUAGCCCUAGGCAAAAGCAAUUUAAUGCCACCACAAUUCCAGAAAAUGACAUAGAGAAGACUGACCCUUGGUUUGCACACAGAACACCAAUGCCUAAAGUACAGAAUGUCUCCUCUAGUGAUUUGCUGAUGCUCUUGCGACAGAGUCCUACUCCACAUGGGCUAUCCUUAUCUGAUCUCCAAGAAGCCGAAUAUGAGACUUUUUCUGAUGAUCCAUCACCUGGGGCAAUAGACACUAAUAACAACCUGUCUAAAAUGACACACCUCAGGCCACAGCCCCAUCACAGUGGGGACAUGGUAUUUACCCCUGAGCCAGACCUCCAAUUAAGAUUAAAUGAGAAACUGGGGACAACUGUAGCAACAGAGUUGAAGAAACUUGAUUUUAAAGUUUCUAGUUCAUCAAAUAAUCUGAUUUCAACAAUUCCAUCAGACAAUUUGGCAGCAGGUAAUGAUAAUACAAGUUCCUUAGGACCCCCAAAUAUGCCAGUUCAUUAUGAUAGUCAAUUAGAUACCACUCUAUUUGGCAAAAAGUCAUCUCCCCUUAUUGAGUCUGGUGGACCUCUGAGUUUGAGUGAAGAAAAUAAUGAUUCAAAGUUGUUAGAAUCAGGUUUAAUGAAUAGCCAAGAAAGUUCAUGGGGAAAAAAUGUAUGGUCAACAGAGAGUGGUAGGUUAUUUAAAGAGAAAAGAGCUCAUGGACCUGCUUCGUUGACUAAAGAUAAUGCCUUAUUCAAAGUUAGCAUCUCUUUGUUAAAGAUAAACAAAACUUCCAAUAAUUCAGCAACUAAUAGAAAGACUCACAUUGAUGGCCCAUCAUUAUUAGUUGAGAAUAGUCCAUCAGUCUGGCAAAAUAUAUUAGAAAGUGAUACUGAGUUUCAAAAAGUGACACCUUUGAUUCAUGACAGAAUGCUUACAGACAAAAAUACUACAGCUUUGAGGCUAAAUCAUAUGUCAAAUAAAACUACUUCAUCGAAAAACAUGGAAAUGGUCCAACAAAAAAUAGAGGGCCCCAUACUACCAGAUGCAGAAAAUCCAGAUAUGUCAUUCUUUAAGAUGCUAUUCUUACCAGAAUCAGCAAAUUGGAUACAAAGGACUCAUGGAAAGAACUCCCUGAACUCUGGGCAAGGCCCCAGUCCAAAACUAUUCAUAUCCUUAGGACCAGAAAACUCUGUGGAAGGUCAGAAUUUCUUGUCUGAGAAAAAUAAAGUGGUAGUAGGAAAGGGUGAACUUACAAAGGACGUAGGACUCAAAGAGAUAGUUCUUCCAAGCAGCAGAAACCUAUUUCUUACUAACUUGGAUAAUUUACAUGAAAAUAAUACACACAAUCAAGAAAAAAAAAUUCAGGAAGAAAUAGAAAGAAAGGAAACAUUAAUCCAAGAUAAUGUAGUUUUGCCUCAGAUACAUACAGUGACUGGCACUAAGAAUUUCAUGAAGAACCUUUUCUUACUGAGCACUAGGCAAAAUGUAGAAGGUUCAUAUGAGGGGGCAUAUGCUCCAGUACUUCAAGAUUUUAGGUCAUUAAAUGAUUCAACAAAUAGAACAAAGAAACACAUGGCUCAUUUCUCAAAAAAAGGGGAGGAAGAAAACUUGGAAGGUUUGGGAAAUCAAACCAAGCAAAUUGUAGAGAAAUAUCCACACACCACAAGGAUAUCUCCUAAUCCAAGCCAGCAGAAUUUUGUACGUGGUAAGAGAGCUUUGAAACAAUUCAGACUCCCACUAGAAGAAACAGAACUUGAAAACAGGCUAAUUGUGGAGGACACCUCAACCCAGUGGUCCAAAAACAUAAAACAUUUGACCCCAAGCACCCUCACACAGAUAGACUACAAUGAGAAGGAGAAAGGAGCCAUUACUCAGUCUCCCUUAUCAGAUUGUCUUACGAGGAGUCAUAGCAUCACUCAAGCAAAUAGAUCUCCAUUACCCAUUGCAAAGGUAUCAUCAUUUCCAUCUAUUAGACCUAUAGAUCUGACCAGGGUCCUAUUCCAAGACAACUUUUCUCAUCUUCCAGCACCAUCUUACAGAAAGAAAGAUUCUGGGGUCCAAGAAAGCAGUCAUUUCUUACAAGGAGUCAAAAAAAAUAACCUUUCUUUAGCUAUUCUAACCUUGGAGAUGAUUGGUGAUCAAAGAGAGGUUGGCUCCCUGGUGACAAGUGCCACAAAUUCAGUCAUGUACAAGAAAGUUGAGAACACUGUUUUCUUGAAACCAGGCUUGCCCGAAACAUCUGGCAAAGUUGAAUUGCUUCCAAAAGUUCGCAUUUAUCAGAAGGACCUUUUCCCUACAGAAACUAGCAGUGGGUCUCCUGGCCAUCUGGAUCUCGUGGAAGGGAGCCUUCUUCAGGAAACAGAGGGAGCGAUUAAGUGGAAGGAAGCAAAUAGACCUGGAAAAAUUCCCUUUCUGAGAGGAGCAACAGAAAGCUCUGCAAAGACUCCUUCCAAGCUAUUGGGUCCUCUUGCUUGGGAUAACCAUUAUGGUACUCAGAUACCAAAAGAAGAGUGGAAAUCCCAAGAGAAGUCACCAGAAAACACAGCUUUUAAGAAAAAGGAUACCAUUUUCCUCCUGAACCCUUGUGAAAGCAAUCAUACAAUAGCAGCAAUAAAUGAGGAACAAAAUGAGCCCCAGAUAGAAGUCACCUGGGCAAAGCAAGGUGGGACUGAAAGGCUGUGCUCUCAAAACCCACCAGUCUUGAAACGUCAUCAAAGGGAAAUAACUCUUAAUACUCUUCAGUCAGAUCAAGAGGAAAUUGACUAUGAUGAUACCAUCUCAGUUGAAAUGAAAAAGGAAGAUUUUGACAUUUAUGGUGAGGAUGAAAAUCAGAGCCCCCGCAGCUUUCAAAAGAAAACACGACACUAUUUUAUUGCUGCAGUGGAGCGGCUCUGGGAUUAUGGGAUGAGUAGUUCCCCGCAUGUUCUAAGAAACAGGGCUCAGAGUGGCAGUGUCCCUCAGUUCAAGAAAGUUGUUUUCCAGGAAUUUACUGAUGGCUCCUUUACUCAGCCCUUAUACCGUGGAGAACUAAAUGAACAUUUGGGACUCCUGGGGCCAUAUAUAAGAGCAGAAGUUGAAGAUAAUAUCAUGGUAACUUUCAAAAAUCAGGCCUCUCGUCCCUAUUCCUUCUAUUCUAGCCUUAUUUCUUAUGAGGAAGAUCAGAGGCAAGGAGCAGAACCUAGAAAAAAUUUUGUCAAGCCUAAUGAAACCAAAACUUACUUUUGGAAAGUGCAACAUCAUAUGGCGCCCACUAAAGAUGAGUUUGACUGCAAAGCCUGGGCUUAUUUCUCUGAUGUUGACCUGGAAAAAGAUGUGCACUCAGGCCUGAUUGGACCCCUUCUGGUCUGCCACACUAACACACUGAACCCUGCUCAUGGGAGACAAGUGACAGUACAGGAAUUUGCUCUGUUUUUCACUAUCUUUGAUGAGACCAAAAGCUGGUACUUCACUGAAAACAUGGAAAGAAACUGCAGGGCUCCCUGCAAUAUCCAGAUGGAAGAUCCCACUUUUAAAGAGAAUUAUCGCUUCCAUGCAAUCAAUGGCUACAUAAUGGAUACACUACCUGGCUUAGUAAUGGCUCAGGAUCAAAGGAUUCGAUGGUAUCUUCUCAGCAUGGGCAGCAAUGAAAACAUCCAUUCUAUUCAUUUCAGUGGACAUGUGUUCACUGUACGAAAAAAAGAGGAGUAUAAAAUGGCAGUGUACAAUCUCUAUCCAGGUGUUUUUGAGACAGUUGAAAUGUUACCAUCCAAAGCUGGAAUUUGGCGGGUGGAAUGCCUUAUUGGCGAGCACCUACAUGCUGGGAUGAGCACACUUUUUCUGGUGUACAGCAACAAGUGUCAGACUCCCCUGGGAAUGGCUUCUGGACACAUUAGAGAUUUUCAGAUUACAGCUUCAGGACAAUAUGGACAGUGGGCCCCAAAGCUGGCCAGACUUCAUUAUUCCGGAUCAAUCAAUGCCUGGAGCACCAAGGAGCCCUUUUCUUGGAUCAAGGUGGAUCUGUUGGCACCAAUGAUUAUUCACGGCAUCAAGACCCAGGGUGCCCGUCAGAAGUUCUCCAGCCUCUACAUCUCUCAGUUUAUCAUCAUGUAUAGUCUUGAUGGGAAAAAGUGGCAGACUUAUCGAGGAAAUUCCACUGGAACCUUAAUGGUCUUCUUUGGCAAUGUGGAUUCAUCUGGGAUAAAACACAAUAUUUUUAACCCUCCAAUUAUUGCUCGAUACAUCCGUUUGCACCCAACUCAUUAUAGCAUUCGCAGCACUCUUCGCAUGGAGUUGAUGGGCUGUGAUUUAAAUAGUUGCAGCAUGCCGUUGGGAAUGGAGAGUAAAGCAAUAUCAGAUGCACAGAUUACUGCUUCAUCCUACUUCACCAAUAUGUUUGCCACCUGGUCUCCUUCAAAAGCUCGACUUAACCUCCAAGGAAGGAGUAAUGCCUGGAGACCUCAGGUGAAUAAUCCAAAAGAGUGGCUGCAAGUGGACUUCCAGAAGACAAUGAAAGUCACAGGAAUAACUACUCAGGGAGUAAAAUCUCUACUUACCAGCAUGUAUGUGAAGGAGUUCCUCAUCUCCAGCAGUCAAGAUGGCCAUCACUGGACUCUCUUUUUUCAGAAUGGCAAAGUAAAGGUUUUUCAGGGAAAUCAAGACUCCUUCACACCUGUGGUGAACUCUCUAGACUCACCAUUACUGACUCGCUACCUUCGAAUUCAUCCCCAGAGUUGGGUGCACCAGAUUGCCCUGAGGAUGGAGGUUCUGGGCUGCGAGGCACAGGAGCUCUACUGAGAGUGGCCACUGCAGCACCUGUCAGUGCCUGCACCCCUCCCUCCUCAGCUCCAGGGCAGUGUCCCUUCCUGGCUUGCCUUCUACCUUUGUGCUGACCUUCGGUUUACUUCCUGCCCCACAUUGUCCAUGGCCCCAUUAUUUUGCUAUGUAUUUAAACUAUACAGUCCUAGCAGACACUGCCUUGAAGCCUCCCGAAUUAACUAUCAUUAAUCCUGCAUUUAUUUGGUGGGGGGCCAGGAGGGUGCAUCCAAUUUAACUUAACUCUUACCUAUUUUCUGCAGCUGCUCCCAGAUUAUUCCUUCCUUCCAAUGUAACCAGGCAAAAAGUGGUUUUUGCUUCCUUACACAUAGACAUAAUUAUGUUAUUUGGUCAUGAGGGGCACAUUCUUAUCUCCAAAACUAGCAUUCUUAAACUGAGAAUUAUAGAUGGGGUUCAAGAAUCCCUAAGUUUCCUGAAAUUAUAUAGGGCAUUCUGUAUAAAUGCAAAUGUGCAUUUUUCUGAUGAGUGUCCAUAGAUUUAAUCUCAGAAAGAUGCAGACAUAAAACCAUUUGGUCUUAACUCUGACCAAUAAAAAAUAAGUCAGGAGGAUGGAAUUGUUGAAAGCUUUGAAACAAAAUAACUAUGUCAUCUUGAAAUUUGUGAUGGCCAAGAAAGAAAAUGAUGAUAAUAGGCUUCUAAGGACAUAUAUUUCAUAUUUCUGUAGAAAUAUGAGGAAAAUCCAUGGUUAUCUUGGAUAGGAAAUACAAACUUUGUAUUUUGUAUUUGGCCUACUUUGUAAUAAAGGAAGAUGGAUUUUGUAAAUCUUUGAGGUAGUGCCACAUAAAGUCCUAAAGAUCUAGCAAAUUCUUUGAAAAUCAUAAAUUUCCAUAAUGAAUCCUGGGGGGACAGGAAGAAACAGAACAGAUAGCAAACAGUUCAAAACUUUGUUGACAUCUGCUGUACUAAGAGGCACAUGCCCUGAGAUAGGAGUUCAACAGACUCUGCAGAUAAAACAGGAUGCAGUAAAGAAGCUGGCCAAACCUGCCAAAACCAAGAUGGCAACAAAAGCUGCCUCAGGUGGUCCUCACUGCUCGUUAUACACUAAUCAUAACGCAUUAGCAUGCUAAAAGACAUUACCACCAGCACCACGACAGUUUACAAAUGCCAUGGCAACAUCCAGAAGUUACUGUACAUAGACUGAAAGGAAGAGGAACCCUCAGUUCCAGGAAUUCCACACCCCAUUCCUGGAAAACUCAUAAAUAAUCCACCCCUUAUAUAGCAGGUGAUCAAGAAAUAAUCAUAAAAAUAGCCAACCAGCCUAUGGAGUAGCCACCCUUUCAUCCUUUUAUGUGUUAAUAAUUUGCUCUCACUUAAGUCUGUCAGCUCGCUCUUGAAUUCCUUCCUGUGCAAAGCCAAGAACCUAUGUGACUUCUCAAGUUGAACCCCAGCUUUGAGGUUCGCCCUGUGACACAACACAACAACAGCAUAGUCUGCCCCUAUGAGUGCUUACUGUGCUAUAAUAAUGCACUCAGUUUACUCUCUCCCUUUACUAAUUUCCUGCUGCUAAAAAUAACACAACAAAAAUGUAAUGGGAAAUUUUAUACCAUGACUGAAAACUAGAGUCCCACGCACAUAGUUGAAGUAUCAAGGAGGUCAGAAGAAAACUGCCAUGUCACCACACAAUAGGAUUCCCCAUCUUGCCCUCCACCCCAAUAAGAUUGCGAACGGUUUACUGCUCCUUCCAUCUGCCUGACCCCUUCACUAAGACUACACAGAAUCUCCUGAUUUAGUAAAGGGGACUGGAGGCAAGGAUAAGUUACAGCAGUUGGAGGAGAUUGCAACCUAGGGCAAUUUGAAAAUAGGAGAUCCUAAUAUGAAAGAAAAAUGGAUCCCAAUCUGAGAAAAGGCAAAAGAAUGGCUACUUAUUUUCUAUGCUGGAGUAUUUUCUAAUAAUCCUGCUUGACCCUGAGCUGACCGCUUUGGAAACUAUAACGUAGCUGUCACAGUAUAGUCACAAUCCACAAAUGAUAAAGGUGAAAAUGGUUUAUAGCCCUGUGAAGUUCUUAACGUUUAGAGGCUAACUUACAGAAAUGAAUAAGUUGUUUUGUUUUAUAGCCCAGUAGAAGAGUUAACCCCAAAGGUGAUAUGGUUUUAUUUCCUGUUAUGUUUAACUUGGCAAUCUUGUUUUGGCAUUCUUUUCCCAUUGACUAUAUACAUCUCUAUUUCUCAAAUGUUCAUGGAACUAGUUAUUUUAUUUUCCUGCUGUUUUCUUCAGUAAUGAGUUAAAUAAAACAUUGACACAUACAAACAAA